GUCACAGGCAAGGGCCGCCAUUUUGACUGAGCAAUCCUAGUGACAGGAGCUGAAGAAGCAGCGCUGGUUGUCCCGUUUCCCCUCCCCCUUCCCUUCUCCGGUUGACCUCCCGGGCCCCCCACACUCCACAGUCCCGGUCCCACCAUGUCCCAGAAACAAGAAGAGGAGAACCCUACGGAAGAGACCGGCGAGGAGAAGCAGGACACGCAAGAGAAAGAAGGUAUUCUCCCUGAGAGAGCUGAGGAGGCAAAGCUAAAAGCCAAAUAUCCAAGCCUAGGACAAAAGCCUGGAGGCUCCGACUUCCUCAUGAAGAGACUCCAGAAAGGGCAAAAGUACUUUGACUCAGGAGACUACAACAUGGCCAAAGCCAAGAUGAAGAAUAAGCAGCUGCCCAGUGCAGGACCAGACAAGAACCUGGUGACCGGUGACCACAUCCCCACCCCACAGGAUCUGCCCCAGAGAAAGUCCUCGCUCGUCACCAGCAAGCUUGCGGGUGGCCAAGUCGAAUGAUGCUGCCCGGGGCUCCGCCAGAUCCUGAGACGCUGCCCCCUGGGUCCUGUGCUGGCUCCUGCCCCUCCCUGCUUUUGCAGCCAGGGGUCAGGAGGUGGCUCGGGUGCGGGCUGGAGAGGCAGAAGCCCCUGCCCGUCGGUGUCCCAGCGCAUGGAGCCCCUUGGGCCGAGCACCAAGAUCUUGACUCUUUUUUGUUUUUCCUUUUUUUUCCAAGUAAUUGUUGGGAGACAUCUCAGUGAAAUUCUGGGGGGGGGGGGGUGGGGGGGGUGGGGGGUUGAGAGGGUGGAGUGGGAGAUGUAAGGGGUUAUGAAUUAGGACUUAGAAUUGAUAACAAAAACAUUCCUAACUAUCCUCCUCCUUAGCCUUGUGGCUGGGGUGGAGUGGGGGUGGGGUGGGGGAGUGAAGUGGACUAAAGGUGAGGGGUUCUAAUUGAGCUGUGUAGAAGAGUGCCUUGCUAGCUUGGAUAUGACUGGGGACCUGAUGUCAGAUAAAAGAAACUGUCUAAAUAUGAAAGAUGUAGAUGACUCCUCUGGUUCUGCAGAACAGGCUAAGAGCUGAAUGUUUAUUGUUUGGGUGGGGAAAAAGUGCUGUCCUUGAAGUAGAUUUGCUGCGGGAAGAAGGGCAGUGAGUGUGGGAGAAAGGGGAUGAGCGUGGGGAGCACUGCAGAGCCCAGGGGACUUUCUCAGUAUUUGAAAUAAAAAACAAACAAGAAGAUCCACGGGAAAAAAAAACAAACCAACCUAGAAAUUCUGUGCAGCAGUUGGUGUGUUUUAUUGGGGUUUGGUGAAAGGGAAGAAAAUAAGACUGAAGACAGCAUUCAGGAGAAGCUGUUGUGGGGUUCUGAGCCCCUAAGGAACAGGGGCCCUUCAGAUGGGAUGUGUCUGGGUUCCCCGUUUCCAUCAUUUAGGGAGAGGGUGCAGGGACAUUGGCAUAUAGACCAGGACUUCUAUAGCUAAUGCAAAGAUGACUCUUCCUCAGGUUCUGACUCACAAAAUGAGGGGUUUGCAGUGUUUGAUCUGAAGGGUUUAUUGACACCUGAAGACUACUCCAGGCUAAGCAUGAAAGGAAGCCACUCUGUUUUCCCUUUCAGUCUUGCUCUCCUUCUCAAGUUCCUGUGUCUCUGGAGAAUUGUAACCACUAGUUAUCAGCCUUUCUGCUAGCGGCCAGCAGGAGGCAGAGUCACUUCUUUCUUCAUGAUGUGCUAACCAUUGCUGGAAUCCUGCCACUGAAAGGGGUUUAAAACUAUCUGUGAGUGUAAUAUACAAAAGAAGUGUUGCCAAAGGAGAAACAGACUCACACUUUUCUUCUGUCACACUCACACCAAUCUACUAUGUUUGAAGAUGGAAACUUGUCCAUUUGCCCAAGGAGAUUUUAGGCAUAAAGGAGAUUUUAUGAUUAGGAGAUUUUACCAUAGUUAUCUUCUCAAAUGAGCAUGCAUCAAGGAAGACAGAAUCCUGGAGACAAUAGAUAUUCUAGAGAAAUUUCUAUCACAUUGAGAGGGUGGAGUACUUUUAAACUAGAGAAGGAAUGUUGUUCUCAGCGUGUGAUUCAUUCUCUCUUCUUAAUCAGAAACUUUCCAAAUAAGUUUUCAGCUUCUCAGGAAGCUGACUUGCUCUCUCCUAAUUUAGUCAGGGGACUGCAAUGCCUCCUAACCAUCAGCCUUUCUGAACAGCAUGCUAGACACUGAACUAGGUGGUUUGGAGAUACAUUAGAGAAAGGCAAGCCCCACCUUUAAUGGGGUUUCUUAUCUAACUGGAAGAAAAUACAUGAAAAAGUUCAUACACCUCAGUAGCAUAAACUUAGCUCUUAAAGCCAGGAGAUGUAUGAGUGUUCAUUAUGAUGGGGUUUCUGAGUCUUAUUCCCCUUAAACCAGUCCCAUGACCUCUUUAUGAGCACAUUGUCCCUACUUUUGGUUUGCCAAGUGGCAACAGCUGGGCAAUAAGGUCAACAAGGCUCCAAAUGUGGAAGCAUCUAGUUAAGUUCCAUUUAAUAUAAAGAGAAGGGACGUUGACAUAGAAAUAAGUUAUUUAUAAGGUAGCAGUGCUAGUUUACUGAAGACCUUGAGUUAGCAUCUCUUAACGUUUAGGCUUUUACAUGCUUUUUCCAUUACUCUUGGCUUUCCUGGUCCUUAAGUUUAAGCUGUAGCCUUAGGAGUCCUGGGGUGCCCAGAAAUGGUCAUUGCUAUUUCUGUUCCAGCUUAAAACCUGCCUUUCCUUUUUCUUUACUCCCAUACGGCAGGGCUAGGCAGUCAGGAAGCCCGAUUCUGCAGUGCUUCCAAAAGCUGUUCUUGCCCAUUGUUUUAGCUUAGUGUUUUAUCUUUAAUCCAAAGAGUGGAUUCAAGGGUUCUGCCACUCCUCCAGCAUGGUGGAGUGAUAAUUGUGUUGACAUGUCUCUCAGUUGAGCCGUCUGAUAUGCAGGGUGGCAGGCAUGAAGUCACCAUUAUUGUUGUCCAGCCACAUUUAUUUUAAUCUGAUGUGGCCUGAGCGUGGAAAGCACAAGCGAGAGAAAAAGCCGGGAGAAUUGCCAUUGACGAUCGCUCCUGUUGGUCUGCCGGCCGCACCCACACGCAGCCCGCAUAUGUGCAGUGCCCUUUGCUGGACCUGGAGGGAGGUCACCAAGGAAAGGAGAGGUCUCUUCCCUCGGAAGCUAAGGUAUGACUGGCAUGCAAAUAAACAAUGUAAUAAGACCCCACAGAGCACACGGGAUCUUAACUCCCUGACCAGGGAUCAAGCCCAUGCCUGUGGUGCAAGCAUGCAGUCUUAACCACUGGGCCACCAGGAAGGUGUCCAGAUUACCGUAGUUCUAAGCAGAAUUCCUGUGAACCAAGAGGAGGGUCAGGAGAUGAGUUGUUGGCUGAAUUUCCUUAGAGAUGGGUGACUGACUUAAAAAGGCCCCCCCAUGCUUGGGCAGUGAUAUUUUAAUUCACAAGUAACUGUUGAACUCUGACUUUGGGGAAAUACUAGCAGUUUUUGACUCUUUGCAAUUGGAAGAAUACUAGCAGUUAUUGGGCAAAUGAGCAGUGUAAGAGAUGGUGUCUGCCCUGGAAGAACUUGAAGCCUCACUGAGACAGCACUUUUACACAUAAUGCAAGAUAGUGGUAAAGGAAUUCUGAGAAUGGAAAAUUCAAAGGGCUGGAAUCAUGAGGUAAAUAUUAAUGGAAGAAAUGGAAAUUGAACUGGGCUUUAAAAGAUGGGUAGUAUUAAAAAAUCUAGUUCAGUUAUUGAUAAGUGCCUAUAAUAUGGCCCUGGAGUAGGAAAUGGAAACCCACUCCAGUAUUCUUGCCUGGGAAAUUCUAUGGACAGAAGACCCUGGUAGGCCACAGUCCAUGGGGUCGCAAAAGAGUCAGACACCACUUAGUGACUAAACAAACAACUUUCAAGGAGAUUCCACUCUGGUGGGGAAACUACACAUGAAAUCAUGCUACCGUGUUAAACUUGCAGCCGUAGAAGCUUAGCUACAUAGAGGAAUAGGGACAAGUAUUUAAUAGUAGUUACAUCUAGCCCAUUGCUAAGUCCUUAAUUUACAUCAUCUCAUUUAAUCCUCACAACAGUUCUACAAAGUAGAUAGUAUUGCCAUUAUACAAGUGAGAAAACUAAAUCAGUAACUUGGCCAAAUCACACAGCUUCUGAGAGUGGAGGCAGAAUCCCAGUGCCUGCAAUGGGAUGGCGAAAAGAGUGAUCUGGAAACGCUUCUACUACCUGGCCUGGUUCAAUCCCUGAUUAGGAAAUUAAGAUCUCACAAGCCACACGGCACACCCCAAAAGAAAGUAAUCAGGAAAAGUUUCAUGGAGCAAAUUCUGAAGGAGAAACAAGAUUUUUCUAGAAAGACGUGAAAGGGCAUUUUGGUAGAAGGACCAACACUAAGAGAAGGAUGAGGCAAUGUGGAAUCUGCUGAUUUUGCAGUACAGUAUCAAGUGAGUCCUGGGGAGGGACUGGAGACCAGGCUACAAAGGCAGACAGAAGGAUAUGAUUUGCAGGCAGGCAUAGGAACCACGGAGGUGACUGCAAAGAAGAAAUCUAGUUGGUUCUGUGUUUUAAAUAGGUCACUGCCAAAUCGUGUGGAGAUGAAAUUUAGUUGUUUAGUCACUCAGUCGUGUCCAGCUCUUUGUGACCCUAUGGACUGCAGCAUGCCAGGCUUCCCUGUCCUUCACCAUCUCCCAGAGCUUGCUCAAACUCACGUCCACUGAGUCAAUGAUGCCAUCCAACCAUCUCGUCCUCUGUCAUCCCCUUCUCCUGCCCUUAAUCUUUCCCACCAUCAGGAUCUUUUCCAAUGAGAUUUAGAAGUGAUAGAUUUAGUGAUGGACGGGUUCUAGCAUCAAGUUUCCUGGUUUUGAAUCCUGAUUUUUAUACAUUUGAAUGACUUGAGACAAGUUUCUUAAACUGUCUUUGCUUCAGUUUACUUGUUUCAUAAAAUAGGAAUGAUGUAGUACCCACUGUACUGGAUUGCUGUGAUGAUUAAACAAGAUAGAACAUGUAAAGCCCUUACUUCAGGGAUUGCAGCAGUGCCUAAGAUAUGGUUCCUGCCCAGGGAGCUUAUAGACUAUUGAGGGAUACACUGAAGAUAGGUAGAGUGACAAUAAUUAAGAGUACAAGGAUUCAGAGCUAAGAUAGGGAAGAGCAUAAAAUGCUCUGGAAGUACAGAGUCUGGGCACCUAAUUUGAGUAAAUGGGAGAACAGCCAGGAAAAUCCUUACACAGAGAGUAGCUUCUGAGCCAAAAUAUGACAGAGUAGUAGGACUUAGGGAAAGGGGGCCUUCCAGGUAGAAGGAACAGUCUGAAAAGAUGGAGAGGUAUUACAUUCUGAAAACUUAAAAUAAUUGAGUAACUAGCAUAGUAUGAAAGGAAUGAGGCUGGAGCUGGGUGGAGGUAACCCAGGGUUAGGUCACAAAGGGCCCAUUAGGCUUCAUCCUAGAGUCAGUGUGAAGCUGCUGAAUAAAGAUUUUGAGCAAGGCAGUGACAUGAUCAGAUUGGCCCCUUAGAAUAAUCUUUCUGAUUGUAGUGUCAGUAGGAGCUAGAAAUGGUAAAAUGGGUGUAUUAAAGAUACUACUAAUGGGAUGGAAAAAUUGGAAAAGGGAAAGGCUAUUGUGAAAAGGAAGAUGAUGAAUUCAAUUUGAGACAUAAGUUUAACAAACAUCUAAGUGGAGAAUUCUGUACUUGUAAAGUGUUAAAUAACCAUGGGUUAGUUGAGGUACAAUAACAGCCUGUAUGUAGCUACAGUACUAUAGGUUAGAUAUGAUGAGGAAAUAAGGUAAUGAUAGUGGGGAUGAAGACUGAACAGACUCAAGAGAUAGAUGAGAAGUACAAUCAACAGAAUCUGAUGUGAGGAGUGGGACUCGGGAAGAGACAGGACUCUAUUAAAAAAUCCUGAGGUAAACUAUGAUGCCGUAAUCCAGAAAGAGAAUACAGCUGGAAGAGCAAGUUUGGCAUGGAAGACAAUGAGUUCAUUUUGCAGUAGAGUUGAUGUGAGGUGCCUGUAGGACAUCCAAGAAUAGGUUACUAGAUUUAUGUUGUUACUGGAUUUAUGCAUCUAGAGGUUGGAGAAAAUUUAAGAAUAGGAGAUACAAAUUCUGUAGACCUCAGGAUACACUAGUAAAGCCAUGGACAUGUAAGUACAGAGAGCAGAAAGACUGACACACUGACCCGAUGAAGGCUGACACCUGAAGGAAACACAAACAGGCUCACCAGAAUAGUCAGGAUGAUGUGGUGCCCAAGGACAGAGUUAAUGGAGAAACUGAAUCGGUCAGUGGUGUAAAGUACUGUUACAAGUUACAUUUAAAUCUCACUGUGUGAUUAAGUGUUAGUCGCUCAGUUGCAUCCAACUCUUUGCAACCUAGUAGUCUGUAGCCUGCCAGCCUCCUCUGUCUAUGGGAUUUUCUUGGCAAGAAUACUGGGGUGG